AUUUAUACUGUAUAUAAUGUUUCCUCAGUAUUCGGUAGCCGACGUCUCUCGGAGAAUAUGGCGCAGUUGACUCAGGAUCUCGGCCCGGCCUUCUUCCAGAAGCAGCAGCUCAACGCCGCCAUGGCCGACACCUUCCUGGAGCAUCUGUGCCUUCUAGAUAUCGACUCCGAGCCGCUGACCGCCAGGAACACCAGCAUCAUCUGCACCAUCGGUCCGGCCUCUCGCUCGGUGGAGAUGCUGAAAGAGAUGAUAAAAGCCGGAAUGAACGUCGCUCGUCUGAACUUCUCUCAUGGGACCCACGAGUACCACGCUGGCUCCAUCAGGAAUGUGCGAGAGGCCACUGAAAGCUUUGCAGCCAAUCCCAUGUUUUACCGACCGGUGGCGAUUGCCCUGGACACCAAGGGACCAGAGAUCCGCACUGGCGUUAUUAAAGCAGGGGAGAACGCGGAGGUGGAGCUGGUGAAGGGCUCCGUCCUGAAGGUGACCACUGACCCCGCCCAUGAGGACCAAUGUGACCACAACACCCUGUGGGUGGAUUAUAAGAAUAUCUGUAAGGUGCUGAAGGUCGGGAGCCGGAUCUUCGUGGAUGACGGCCUCAUAUCUCUGCUGGUUAGGGAGAUCGGUGAGCGGGGGCAGGAUAGUGGGGGCAUUAUAUGGGGUCUGUGA